GGGAACGGCGGGGAUGGCGGGGACAGGAGCGGAGAGGUCCCCGGCCCCUCCGCUCCUGGCCGCCCCGCAGCGCCCGGCGUGGGGACGCAGCAGGACCCCGUCCAGCUCGGGCGAAGGCCGCGGGAGGCUGGACCGGGACGGAUUGCGGAGAGCCGGGGCCACGGCGUGGCCGAGCCCCAGCUGGGCUGGAGCCGAGCCCGGCCCCACGGCCGUCCAGCCCGGCUCCGGGCUGGCGGGAGAGGACAGCGGAGGAGGGACGUGCCCCGGUCCCACAUAAAAAGCCCUCGGCGGGGCCGGGGAGCAGGCGGCACCCCGAGAAGGGAGCAGAGCGGCGCUGCCGGAGCCGUGGGAGCGGGGCCAUGGAGCAGUACUUCUCGGCCACCCGGAAGAUGGAGCGGGAGGUGAUGUUCCCCAGCCUGCUCCGAGGGGUCUUCCCGCAGCAGGAGGGGGCGGCCCCGGCCACGGGCGGCCGUGCGGACCUCUACGAGCGCUACCAGCUCCUCAAGGCCAUCAAGCCCGUGGUGGAGAAAGGGCUGGCCUCCGUCGCCGACCAGAGCCCGCCUGGCACCGAUGCCGAUACAGCCUUAGAUGAGGGUGCAGACAGCAAUCUGGAAGAACGCCUGUCCCAUCACGUCAACGGUUUGCAGCAAGUUCUGACAGACCUCACCAAAAACACUAAAGCCCUGACCCGGAGGUACAGCCAGAUCCUGGAGCAGAUCAGCCUCAGUGAAGAUCAGUCCAGCUCUUGAGCCUGCACCCCCAGGCUCUGAGGGUGAUCUGUCGUCCGCAGCCCAGCGGCACUUUUUCUCCUGUGCCAAGUCCCACCGAGGAAGAUGCUUCGUGAGCAGCGCAGAACUUGGCCGUCUGCCCGCCGGGCGCUGCCUGUACCAUCCGACUCGCCCUGCAGCUGAUCCUACUGGCAACCUUCUGCUUUGUUUCAGCCCUGUCCCAGGAGGAUUUAUGCAGGGCAGAAAUGAGUGUUUCACGUUAUUUCUUUGUAGAAGGCAUCUGUAACUUCGAAGCAAUGCUCUUUUCUGCUUGUGCCUAAACCCUGCCAACCGGUCUCUUUGAUAAUGUAAAUGAAACGCAAAGCCUUGUGCAAA